UGUGUAGCUGAUGCAUACCAAUUGACUGUUUCCAUGAAAUUCUUUGUUGACUUAAGACUACCUUACAGCGUUAGAAGAAAUGAGCAAGUACAAAUUCGGGCAGUUGUCCACAACUAUAGUGACAGUAAACGAAAGGUGACAGUGAGAUUCUCUUAUAUUGAGAAUGUAUGCAGUUUAGCUACCAAAUCAAAAGGUUAUCAGGUGCCCGUGGAGGUAGAAGCGCAAUCUACAAAAGCAGUGUAUUAUGUUAUAAUCCCUCUGAAAGCAGAAAGAAUUGACAUUGAAGUGGAGGCUUAUGGUUCAGGUGUCAGAGACAAAGUGAAAAAAACCAUUGACGUGCUGCCAGAAGGAAAACUUGUGAGGAAGAAAACUUUUAGUCAAGUGAUAAAUCCUAAAGGGAGAUCUGAGUUGGUACAUGUAAAGAAAGAAGAAUUACAUGAAGUGGUUCCAAACAGUCCUGCAAACUACUUUAUUAGCAUACAAGGAGACAUAAUGGGGGAGAGUUUGCUGGGCAUUUUAGAUGAGUCCUAUCUUGGCCGUCUCCUAUAUAUCCCCAGUGGCUGCCCGGAACAAAAUAUGUUUAGAACCUCUACAAAUGUAAUUGCAACUCGGUAUUUAGAUGUCAACAAGAAGUGGAAUGUUAUUGGAGCUGAAAAAAGGCUGAAAGCCCUUGACAAUAUUCAGCAAGGUUAUAUGCAACAGCUGGCUCAUCAUUUGCCUGAUCAUUCUUUUCAAAAGAGCACUUGGCUGACUGCCUAUGUGGUGAAAAUACUUGCUAUGGCUCAAAGUUUAGCGGACAUUGACAAAAAUAUGCUCUGCAACAGUGCAAAGUGGCUGAUUAGCAGACAGAAUCCCAGUGGGGAAUUUUUCGAGUCUGGGCAAUGA